ACCGCCCACACAUACUGUACACACACACAGAGGCACUUUACCUUCUCAGUACAGAGUAGAAAGAAAGAGGGAAUGUACGUGAACUGAUCCACACAUGCAUAAAUAUAAAUACAGAUAUAGAUAGAGGGAUCCAGACACGAAGGAGGAAUGCAGGCUGAAGCUCGAGAAACUGAGGAACUAGAGAUGAAAAAUCAGGACUCGGAUUUAGAGUGCUCGAAAAAUGAUCUGAAAAACACAACGAUGUUGGAGGAUGGAGUGAAGAGCGAUGAGGAGGAGGAGCAGGAGACUGUGCUGCUGUGGGUUCCAUCUGGACGCAGACUCAUUUCUGGACUCUUUGGGAUCAAUGUGGUGCUGCUGGGAGCCGCGCUGGUGGCCGGAGACGCUCUGAACCCGGUUGGACUUCGCCAUCAUGAGCCAGAGGUGUUUUUGCUGCUGCUGAUGGGUUUCAGUGUGGUGUGGAUGCUGUGGUACCUGCUGUGGUCACGACGGCAGCCUGGAGCCCCUCCACACACUGAUCACCACGCGGGAGGUGCUACAGUCACCGUGGUGCUCAUGCUGUUUGCAGGAUUCAGUCUGUUGCUUUGUGUGUUCAUGAUGGUGUACAACAGCAUGAUGGCAAAAUGUCAGCCAAUAGCUAAAGUGCUUCUGCCCUUCAUCCAGACUCCAUUCCUCAUCCUGCAGACCUACUUGCUCUGGUCUCAUUCCAAAGACUGCAUCCACAAAUACAGAGUCCUCACCAGGUCUGGACUCAUACUCAUCCUCUGUACAGACAUCUUGUUAUGGCUGAGUGCAGUAACAGAAGAUACCAUCCAUUCAGAGAUAGAACUGGAGAGACAGUACAAUGAGACUAUCAUCACAAAGAAGACCAAUGAGGAUGGUGAGAAUGUGACGGACUGUGAGUGCAGAAAGCAGCCAGUCUGCGUUGCUCUGCGUAAAGGCUAUGAGGUCCUGUACCCCUUCAACAUGGAGUUCAAUCUGCUGGCGAGCUGCAUGCUGUACGUCAUGUGGAAGAACGUGGGGCGUCACGUGAUUGGAACCCACUCCAGCCACACCCGGAAGAUCACGUUGAGGAUCAUGCGUCAUGGCGGCGUCCUGCUUGGGCUGAUCUUCGGUGUGUUGGUGCUGAUUGCUGGCAUUGUGGUUUUCCUGCUGUACCAGGUGUGGGUGGGGCGGAAGGAGCUGCGCCUGGAUGCUUUUCUCAUGUUUUACUGCUUUCACAUUUGCGUGAUUCCUGCCAUGGUUCUGUGCUCGCUGGCGGGAACGCUGGUGUACCGCUGGAAAGAGAGCACCAAUGUUAACCAACAUCAAGGUGGCAAGGCGAAAGGUGAAGAAGGCGUGGCGAAAAACCCGACGCGCAGUCUGGACGUACUGCUGCUGCUGGGCACCGGCCUCGGGCAGCUCUCUCUCUCCUACUUUUCCUUGGUGGCUGUUUUGGCUGUUGGAGCCGGAGGCAUUCUGGGAAAUUUACACCUGUCGUACUCACUGCUCAGCCUGCUGGAGCUCAUACUGCAGAACAUCUUCAUCAUCCAGGGUCUGCACUCUCUCACACACACUCACCCACACUCACACACACACUCCAUCAGGAAUGAGGUGGACGGUGAGACGGCUGAGCCGGAGGUUGUCCGUAAGCAGAUGAUGAAGACAGAAGAGAGAACAGAGAGAGAAGAAUCGCCCUUCUCUCUGAAACAUGAUGUUCAUCGCUGGAGCAAGAGGGCCAUCCAGGAGAUCUGUGCUUUCCUCAUCCUCUCCAACAUUAUGCUGUGGGUGAUCCCGGCGUUCGGAGCACACCCUCAGUUCGAGAGCGGUGUGGGGAAGGAGUUCUUUGGGUUCUCGGUGUGGUUCGUGUUGGUGAAUCUGGGCCAGCCGCUCACCGUCUUCUACAGGAUGCACUCUGUAGGAGCGCUGAUGGAGCUCUUCAUCUCUGCAUGAACACACACACACGCAAUGCACAACAUAUCACAAUACAUGAUACAUUAGAAAAUCUAGAAGCAGCAAUUUUAGUCAUUUUUCAACCACAGCAUGAUUGAAAACUUGGCACUUUUGAAGGUCCAUGUAAGCUCCGCCCACUUCACGAUCAUCUCAGUGUCAGAUCUGUUUCCUGAGGCACUGUGUGUCUGUUUCUGUGUCAUUAUGAUCCAUACAUCAGUGUCCUUUAUAAACCUUAUAAACCACACAGACUCGAGUGCAAACAUUUCUCAACAUCGUUUUGAUUUUCUAUCUUCAGAACCAAAACUGACCCACAGUCAUGAAACGUUACAUCUUCAUCCUGAUCAUUAACCAGAAACACGAUGCAGAGGAGUUUCUCCAAAUGUUAAGCCACAUGGUUGGAUUUAUGUUCGAGUUUACACUGAAAGUUUAUUGACACAAAACUAACUAACUAGAAUAAAUGAUUUUCCACUAAA